UCCUUAUUCUGGAUCCCAAUUCCAAUCCGAGUAUGAUUUCCGAAAUAACUUCGUGCUCCUCUCAGAAGUCUCUUCAGAUGAGCGCUCUUCUCUGCAAUAACAAGGGAAGCACCGCCAUUCUCUCAGCCUCGCAAUGAGCGGCCUUGAUUCAGUUAACCAAAAUGUUUUUGGACUUGUUGCCCUUGUAGUCUCUCUCGUGGCGCUUGUAACUACAGUUCUACAGGUUCUGCAGCAGUAUUUCUCAAGUGCCGAGGGGUACAGACGAUGUCAUUCAUCUGUAAUGGGACUUUGGUCCGCCGGAACACAUAGAAAGCUCCGGGUAUACGAAUUCCGCGUUGAGGUAGUCUUUGAGACUCCUGUCAUAUUUCUCGCAUCCCCAGACAAUGAGCGCGGCCCGAUAGCAGGACGAGCUAUCCACUACAUCGAUGGCACAGAUAAGUCGUACCGAAAUACACGGGUCUUAGGACCUACAGCCCAGAUACAAGCAGACCAACAAGCGACAGCACGAGUGCACACAGCCGAUGAUGAGCGAGCUUCUUGGGUUACUCUUCUUUCCAUUCUUCAACGAGAAGAACGAGAGUCUCGGGAGUGGGAUAAAGCUAGCCGGGUUAGGUCACCACCUCCCUCAGAUGGCAAAAUGCUGAAAGCACCACCUGCCCCUGAAUAUAGACUCGCUGUUGGCCUACAAAGUAAGACUAGAUCUUGGGACUUUAUGCCAGCGUCUAUCACGAGACCUUAUGCAACAUCCGCCAUAUGCCAUCUAGUAGAGAUGAUAGCUAUGCUAGGAAUGUACUGGAAGGUUUUUGACCAGAUAUUAUGGAACCUCAGGGCCGAGGGCAACGGAUUUAUUCUGACCUCAACGACAGUUCAUGGGUUGGGCGUUAUGGUUGUUUUUGCAGUCACUGGAAAGUCGGUUUUCAAGGAGAACCGGGUCAUUCCUUCAGAAGAUGUGAAAGAGUUAGCUUUUGGUACUGUACCAAACAUCUUUGACGACCAAGUUUAUCUCAAAAGAGAGGAAAAUGCACAAAGCCUUGAACUAAUCUUUGGGUCAGAAAAGGACGUUGAUGCAACCCUAGAGUCUCUGGGAUGUCCUUCGCAUACAUUGGAAAAAUAUAAAACUGAUCACAAGCACAUAUUCUCAGUAUCUUUCGAAAUUAUUGGCAUGCUCGGAAAUGUCUUUCGAAUCCGUGGAAGCAGCUUCAGAAUGAUUCCCAAUCCAACUGAAGAUCAAUGGCUCAAGAAAGUUGGCCGAAAAGCCUCAUGGAAAAUCUCACGUUUGAUGGAAGUUUUCGAAGCCAAACUAAGAGAGUUCAUGACUGUGGCAGAGUUCAUGGAUGCGGAAGGGUCGGGACCUACGCAUGAAAUUACUGCUAUCAACAUCCACUUGGAGAAUAUAUCCAGUCUGGGUUUUAGAAACCACUCGGAGAAGGAACCCCCUCCGCGUUUCCAAGACGAAGCCGAACUCAGUAUCCAUUGCCGAGAGGCUAUUCACGACGCUAUAGACGAGAGGACGAAAUACCUCCUCGACCUUACGCAAGCCGAACUUCUCAGCGUCCUCGUUGCGCAUAUUACCAAGGUCAUCGAUGUGCUAGCCGAUCCCAACUCGCCUCUCAAUACCAUUGUGCUGGCGCACAAAGAGGAUGCUCUCCUGACGUAUUACUUUGAGAAGAUCCGACCGGUAGUGAUUGGGGAUGGUGAGGAUAGGGGCAGGAGGAAUACGAUCUGGAUAUCACUGAUAUUCCGCAUGCUGUGCUGGCUCAUGCUGCAUGAUUUUGAUAAAGCGGAUGUGAAGAUAGUCCCCGCGGAUCUGAAGGGAAGCCGGAUGCCCGUCUACAUCGGUUGAAGGACAAGAUAAGAGUCGAGCUAGUCUCGUUGCAUCUGAGGAGUUGAAGUGGAAUCAGAUGUUGGUGCACAUUGGGUAAGAUCAGGGAACCAGACUGCCUCACGAUUGAUUAAUCAUUGUUUAUGAGCGAAUGAGCGAGCGAGCAAGCGUGGUUUUAUGUCAUUUGCAGGCGUCAGGCAGAGUAUAUUAUAAGAUUUAAGAGAUACCACCAUAGUCAGAUAGCAUUCCAAGCGUUGA